AUACAUCACAAAGUGCUUCAAGUCAGACCCUAACCAUGGUGAAGACGCCAAGUUCUGGAGAUCGGAUUUCGGGUUUUCCAGACGAAAUCCUCCAUCAAAUUCUUUCUUUUGUACCCAUGAAAACUGCUGCUCGAACCUGCGUCUUGUCCAGGCGAUGGAAACACAUAUGGAACUCCUAUCCUGUUUUUGAAUUCAAUGAAAGCUCCUUUGCUUCAGAGAUGCUGGAUGACAUCAAUCUCACCAAUGCCACACCACAAUGUACCGCAUUGUGGACAACUAUACUAAACAAGUUUACCGACGUUGUCGAUCACAGACUACACAAAUUCUGUGAAUCCAAGUUCGGAAUUCAGACAUUCGAUCUCUCCAUCACAAUUCUCGAACCCAAAUUCGCUUCUCUGGUUGAAGAAUGGAUAGGAUUAGCAGCAGAAAACAACGUCAAAGAGUUUCAUCUCAAAAUAAACAACGGAAAUUGCACACUGCAUUGUUUUAGUCUGCCACAAACAAUCUUCUCGGCGAAAUCUCUGACUGUUCUGGAUUUAUUCGGCUGUGGUUUCAAUCCUCCGAUCGCAAAGAAUGCCAUUAAUUUCGAUCGUCUUCACUCAUUGUUCCUGGAGAAUGUAUAUCUCGACGACUCAACAAUCGAGCAACUUAUUAGUAGCGGCCGGAAUAUGGAAACCUUGCAUCUUAUCAAUUGCAAGGGAUUCAAACGGCUGGAGAUAUCCGGCCUAGUUAAACUCAGUAAUCUUACGGUGAAGAUCUUGUACUGGAGUGAUCUGAGUUGGAUAGAUUGUUCCGGAUGCCGAAGUUUAGAAAGAGUGUGUGUUGACGGUAGAGUCAGCCUAAACUGCGUGUUUGAGGAUCGGAAUUUCCCUUACCUCAAGUACUUGAGUUUCUUCAAUUGCAUAUUUGUGGACGGGAUUAAGAUUUCCAGUCACAGGCUCGAGUCACUGAUGUUAGAUGAAUGUGAGCAGAUCGGAGGUAAAUCGGAGAUUUUUGCUCCGAAAUUGAGUUCAAUGUUCUACGUCUGUGGUGCCAAACCUUCAUUCUUGAGGUUGAAGUUGAAUCCUCGUUGUAAGCUCGAACUCCAGCUCAAUCUAAGAAGCCGUGAUCGUCUCCUUACUCCAUGGUUCGUACAAUUGAAGGAGUUCCUCCAUAUGCAAAAUCAAACCAAAAUUCUGGACCUGUUUCUCUUUACAGAGAAGAAUAAGUUUGAUUCGGAGGAAGCAAGCAGAUCUUCCCUUCUUCAGCCCUAUGCUCUUGAGAGCCUGGUUCUGCAUAUACAUUCAGGGAAAUUGGAUUUUGCAGCUAUCAUGGAUGGUUUGCUUUGGAGUUGUCGUCCUCAAAUCCUCUCAGUUGCUGUUAACAACCGCUUCGAAUUAUGUUUUCUGGAGUUUCUUGGUCAGACGUUGAUGGAUCGGAACUACUACAGAGACGGUGAGAUGAAACAUUGGCAGCAUUCCAUGAAGGAUGUUACAAUCAUGAGGUGUGAUGAAGACGAGGAUGGAGAUGGAAUUCCUCUUGGGAGGUGUUCUUUGAGAGACACAAUAACAAAUCUUGGGGGGAGGAAAACAGUCAGUUUUAAGCUAAAAUGGUGAUUGUGGGUUCUCCAAUUAUUUAACAACCUAGAACAUAAAACAUUGUAUUGUAUGUAUUUCGUGUCCCUCAAUAUCUAACGAUUCUGAAUCAAGAAAAACAAUUCGGGAUA